GUGAAUACAUUGUCACCAAUUUCCACAACAUGCAGACUGAUCAGAAACCUAUUCGCCGUAUGGUUCCAGUAUGCAUUAUAUCACGAUCGGCUUCAUUAUUUAACUAUUAUAUCGUCAUAUCAACUUGCAUCUUUUGAACUACCCUGUCUACAAUAUCUCACUACUCUUUAUGCAUUUUGAGCGCCGGCUAGCACUAAAACAUUCAAAAUCCUAUUACCCAUCUCACUACUCGAACAAUCCCACAAUCUUCUCACCAUCAUCUCACCAUCAAGACAUCUCGAAACGCAAGCCCUUCAAAACAAACCCUCCACCCACCGCCCUCAAGACCAUGAACACCACAUCCUUCGCCUCCUACCCCAUCUUCUCCUUCCCCAUAACCACCCUCCUCCUAACCCUCUUCUUCAUCUCCCUCCUCUAUAUCCCCCGCUUUCUCUUCCUCUAUCUCCGAACCCGCAUUUUUCAUUUCUGGGCCCGCAAUCUCAAGAAACGCAUGUCUCAUUUCGAGGCGUUGGAUCUGGCGCGCGCAGAGCUGGGUUUGGGGCGUGGGAAUGGAGCUGCAGUUGGAGAUAAGAAGAGACAAUCAAAAUACUGGUGGAAUAUCGAUUUGGAGCGAGGAGAAGAAGAAGAAAAUGAGUGGGUGACUAAGGGAGAGAUGGCGAAGGAAUGGAUUUGUGAGGGGGAGGAGAAGUGGGAAAUGAGGAGGUUGGGGGUUGCGGAGGGGUGUCGGUGGUUGCAUUUUGUGGGGAGGGAUGAGGAGGAGAAAGAGGGUGAGGAUGAGGAGGAGCAUGAGAAAGUGGAAUCAUAUGAGAUUCCAAUGAGGGACAAGGAGCUUGAUAGUUGAAGAGAAGACGGAGAUUAGAAGAUCUGGGAUUUGUGUUUAAUCAGGAGGGGGGGAGCGGGGUUGAUUAACAAAUCGGAAGGUGGUGGAGGAUAUAAAUGCAGGACAUCAUCCAUCACCACCCUGUGCAUAAUUGGCUAUCAUCAAUUCGACAGGAAAAAAGAAACAAGCGAUACGGUAUUCGGAAACAUCACCUCCUAUCUACCUACCCUCCCUCGUCAUUUCGAAUUUUGAAUUUCGAACCUCGUAUUUGCGAAAGCGAGGAAGACGGUAGUCAGGAUGUGGAGAGAAGGAAAGAAGAAAUUUAAGUUCAAGGAAAUUCAAGUAAAUAGAAUUUUUUUACAGUGGAAUGAAAUGGAUAGAUAGAUAGAUAGUAGAGCCAUUCUGUCUGUCUGUCUAUCUGUCUGUCCAUCUAUCUUGCUUAACAGUUUUUCCAAAAACCUAUCUUUAACUCGAGUAUUCAAUAAUUACGCUCUUUUUUUCUUUCCUGAUUCUUUAUCUGGAAUUUAAAACUCAUGGCUAGUUAGUUAGUUACUCGUACUGCGGAAUGAAUGUGAAGUCUGAAUUUGUGAAUUCUGAGUGCUUUGUA